GCUUUAUCAGCAGACCCAAUAGGGAAAGAAUAUUAAGCGAGAGUCAGGAGCAGAGCUUUAUUAGCAGCCUUAACCAGGAGUGAGGCUCCAGAUCCAGACUGGUCGGAGGAGGAGAAAGGAACAGCAGUCUUCAAAGGUUCGGCCGAGCCUUGAUCGUGGGACGGACCAGCCGGCCAACCCGGCCUGAAAAUGGUCCCCUCUCCGACGCAGACGCCUCUCCAGUCGCCUCUGGCGCUCUUGCUCCACGCCUCAGCUGCCACCGGCCCCAACCCCGGACCAGGCACCAGCUCCAGCACUGCCGCGGACGCCUCCUCUCCUCCCCCUACAGAGGGCAGCCCCUGGCCCCCCAACGGCUCGUGGCCGGUGGGCCGUGGCCGGGGUCUGGGAAGUGGGGAGGGGGUGAGCCCUUGGGACAUCGCGCUGUGCGCGGCGGGCUCAGUGGUGGCCUGCCAGAACGCCCUGUUGCUGGCCGUGCUCUACUUCACUCGCAGCCUUCGGGCUCCCACUUUUUUGCUUAUAGGUAGCCUCGCCCUGGCCGACUUCCUGGCUGGCGCGGGCCUGGUGGCCGACUUCGUGGUCAGAAGCGUGAUGGAUCCGGUGAGCGACGCGGCGGUCCUGGGUUUGGCCGGCGUACUGCUGACCGCCUUUUCGGCCUCCGCUUGCAGUCUGCUGGCCAUCACGGUGGAUCGCUACCUGUCCUUGUACAGCGCUCUCACGUACCAGGCCGAACGCACCCUGCCCUUCACCUGUGGCUUCCUGGCGGCAAUCUGGCUCACUUGUCUCGGCAUCGGCUCUCUUCCCGCUCUAGGCUGGCACUGCCUGGACGCCCCCGAGACCUGCAGCGUCCUGAGGCCCCUGACCAAGGAUCAGGCGGCCGGGCUGUCCGUGUCCUUUCUGUUCCUCUUCUCCUUUAUCCUCCAUCUCUACCUGCAGAUCUGCCGGGUCGCCUUCCGCCACGCGCAGCAGAUCGCCGUCCAGCGCCACAUCAUCAACAACGCGGGCUCUCCCAUGCAGUCCAUCUUCUGCCUGGUGGCCGGCACCCGCAAGGGCGUGUCCACCCUCUCUCUGAUCCUGGCCACCUUCGCCUUCUGCUGGGUGCCCUUGGCCAUCUACGCCUUGGUAGCUGACCCUUCCUAUCCCCAGGUCUACACCUACUGCCUGGCGCUGCCGGCCGCCUGCCACUCGGCCGUUAACCCGGUGGUCUACGGCUUUCGCAACCCGGAGAUCCAGCGGUCUCUGUGCGUUGCCUAUACCACCUACUUGCGCCCCCUCCUCACUCGUUUCCGGGCUGCCAUCGGCCACGUGUGAGGCUCCGGGCAAAGGAGUGGGGCGAAGGUCCGGGAGGAGAGGCUGAGGAGUGUCAAGGGGUUGGAGGAGGAAGGGAUUAGAUCAGGGCUUCUCGGCUGAGAGGUCCCGGGCCAGAGGAGGGGCGAGGAACCCCAAAGGCAGAGGGUCCGCGUGAGCACAGAGGAAAGUGGGGAGAGGUGGAGUGAGAGAGCCCUUCUGGGCUAGAGCUGCCCCUUCGUGAUGACAUCAGCCUCUGGCCUUUCGCCCCCUUACCUUGCUGCCUCCCUCCCGGGGUGCAAGGCCUUCCCCCCCAACUCAGCUCCAUGCUUUUACCCGCUCUAACUCGAGCGGUUUCACGCUGGCUUCUCUGUGCGCAUUUGUGCGUGUUUGUGCGUGUUUGUGCCUGUGUUGGUGGAAGCAGGAGCACUAGCCCCAGAUUCUUCAACUCGAGGCGGGGGCUUGCUGAGAUGUCCCCUCAACCUUCCGAGGAACCCUAGGCUUGGAAGAGAGAAAGAACAGGAUCCCCUGGGGAAAAUGAGGGUUGGGUUCCUCAACUGGAAAUGGGGGGAUGCUUCUCCCUUGCUGCCCCCCCUCUCUCCUUCCCUCCCCCUCAGUUCCUAUUCCCUAUUUCCCUUCCCCAAUUCAAAAUGGGCAUUCUGCCCCUUCAGCACCUCUGGAGCGUUGUUUCAGCACCAGCAAGCAUGAGAGCUCCCGGCUGGGAGAAGUCUUGAGUUCUACAAAGCAAGUUACCUGGGGAGGUUGCAGGCUUGCUUCCUCCCUCUCAAGAAGGGUAUGACGUCCUGGAAGAACUGAAAGAAAGGAAAAAAACAAAAAAACAAAAAAACAAAAAAAAAAACUUCUGCGUCGUUGUUAGUUGGACAUUAAAUUGCCAUUCCAGAGAUGGCUGGCUCCCCUAACUCCCCAUCUUUGUAGAGUUUACAAUGCACUUUGGAAGAUUCUCCUUCCUGGCAAAGAGAAUCGGGUGAUCAUUUUCGAAGUACAAAGCCCAUCCCACCCUCCAGGUUCAGAAGGAGCUACCCCCCACUGACACUGCCCAAGAAAGUAUUAGGAUCCCACUGGGGAGGUGGGGUGGGAAUUUGAGUGUUUACAGGAUGUGACUGUGGGAGCCAGGAAGAGAUGGAGGAGAGUGCAAGAAUAGAUGUUUAGAACUCAAUAUGCCCUUCUUCCCCUGCUAUUUCCACCUGUGUAUCUUGCAAUGUGUCUAUAGUAAAUUUUUAAGGAGCCUUGGAUUGCUUGCUCUCCCAUCUUGUGCCAGGUUGUGGUGCAAAAUAAAGUCUUUUACCUGCAAAUCAA